UAUAGUAUAUGGACAUUGGGGAAGACAUCGGUGUUCCUGAAGAAUUCACAAAGGGUGAGAUGGUUUCAGGGAUGUGGUGGCGGCAUUUAGUAUCUGGCGGUAUAGCGGGUGCUGUAUCGCGAACUGGUACCGCGCCCCUUGACCGCAUCAAGGUCUAUUUGCAGGUCCACGGCACACGACACUGCAAUAUCAUGAGUUGCUUCAGGUACAUGUUGCGUGAGGGUGGCAUUAGCAGUCUGUGGCGAGGCAAUGGCAUUAACGUGCUCAAGAUCGGUCCGGAGACAGCACUCAAAUUUAUGGCAUACGAACAAGUGAAACGAGCGAUCAAAGCAGAUAAUGAGACACGCGAGCUCGGACUCUACGAGCGAUUCUGUGCCGGUUCUUUAGCCGGUGGCAUUAGUCAGUCAGCUAUUUAUCCUCUCGAGGUGUUGAAGACAAGACUUGCGUUGAGGAAAACGGGUGAAUUCGACGGUAUGGUCGAUGCCGCCAAAAAGAUAUAUAAACAAGGUGGCUUAAGAUCCUUCUACAGAGGCUACGUACCUAAUUUGAUAGGAAUACUUCCCUAUGCAGGAAUUGAUCUAGCUGUCUAUGAAACAUUGAAAAAUAGUUACCUGCGUACACAUGACAAGAAGGAACAACCACCGUUUUGGAUUUUACUGUUAUGCGGCACCGCGUCGAGUACAGCGGGCCAAGUAUGCUCAUAUCCACUGGCACUCGUACGGACGCGGUUGCAAGCUGAGAUCGCGCCAGACCGCUCACUUAACACUAUGUUAGGCGUUUUCAAGGAUAUUCUUAAUCGCGAGGGAAUACGCGGCUUAUAUCGCGGCCUCACACCCAAUUUCCUCAAGGUUGCACCUGCCGUGUCUAUUAGCUACGUUGUAUAUGAGCAUUUUCGGCAGGCAUUGGGUGUCAAUAUGACGUGAUGAACAUGUAGGCUAGGUGAUCGAUUAAUUCAAUUAAUUAAUUUAUUCUCUCUUUUUCUCUCUUCUCCGUCCUGCCCCUCCUCUCUU